UCGCAAAUUACUUCUGCGCAAACCAACUCAGCGCAACGUGCAGACAGUAGCCGGAAAAGCGGGAACGCGAUCCUUUACUCGUUGUGGAUUGAUGCAGGGUGGAUGAUUGCAAUGUUUGACAAAGGAUAUUCUUUGAAAAGCCUUAUUGCAGGGAUUGCUAUUGAUCUCAAAAGAGCUAUCAGCCUAACAGUAGAUGUGAAAGUCAUCUAUCACGAAUUUGCCAAGGUAGUGAAGGAAUCAUCUUCUUUCACUUCUGAUGGAGCUCUUUAUAUUUUGUUCGUCGUUCACAGUGAUGAGUUGGAACUUGAAGACUUCGAGAUAGUCAUGCGGGAUUUGAAUCUCAGGCAUUCAAUUGGCCAUAUGGAUAGUUGGAUAUCAAAUACCAGUGUCAAAGAUAUCAAAUUCGAGGGCCCAAUAUCUAAACAUGUUGUCAUGCUCCUUGAUACGAUCAUCAACUCCGGCGGGAAGAGAGAAGCCACUAUGGAAGGUGGUGCUGUGGAGUUUGAAAAGCGUUCUCGUCGAGACGUGAAUGAGACGUUGGAGCUAUCGACACCAGCUUCGAUGAUAUCUUUCUCUGCUCCCUCCGAUGAAAGAGAAAUUCUUCCAUAAGAUAAGCGUAUGAAUUGUUGUUGAGAAUCUCUUUGCAUAUGAUUUGGAAACAUCAUCAAUUGCUAUCAUUGGGAAACAUC